CACCUGGGUUUCUCCGAGUUCUCACACCUCCUGCGAUCAGAUCGGUUUGGAGAAGCCGAACUGGUCCUGCGGUAGCUACGCUGCCAGUGCUUCACAAACACUGCAGUUAAAUUUGUGAGAUUACAGCAUUAUCGUACGUGUUUAGUUUGUCUGCAGUAACGUUAAACGACAAAACGUAUUCUUAAAUUUGAAUCGCUGCUUAGUGAGCCAGUGAUCAUUGCCUUUAAGAGCAUAGCUAGUAUAGCUAGUAUUUAGAGUGUAGCCCGAUAUGUGGCCGAUAAUUGGACACACUACCUCUCCAAUAAAACUGAGUAGCUCCCACUGGAUUACCGACCUGGGACUGAGCAAUUUCAACACCAUUAUCACCGGAAAAUAGUGCUGUAUCCAAACACUUGACAAUUUGACAACUGGAAAGUUAAUAAUUAUAUGCGAAAUGGAUUAUAGACGAAAAAGGAAAUCGACAUUUUUCACGAUCGGAUUAAUCUUCCUUUUAAGUGGCAUCGAGUAUGCGGUGAUCCUGCCCACCAUAUGGAUGUACCUGCAGACGCUGGGCGCGGCUCCGUACUUCCUGGGUCUGGGGCUGUCGGCCUUCAGCCUGAGCGGCCUGCUCUGCGGGCCUCUCUUUGGGCUCUGGUCCGACCACACCCGCACCACCAAGGGCGUCAUUCUCUUCUCAAACGUCUUCGAGAUCAUCGGUAACUUCAUGUACUUCCUGGGCUAUUCUAAGUGGCUUUUGUUGGGCAGUCGGUUUGUGGCAGGUAUCGGGACAGGCGCUGGCUCUUCUAUUUUCGGGUUCCUGACGCAGAACACCGCCUCAGAGGAUCGCGCCACCGUCUUCGCUGUUGUCAUGGCGUGUCGGCAGGUCGGCCUGCUGAUUGGUCCAGCGUUCAACAUCUUCCUCAGACUGUGCGAUUUCCAGCUGGGGCCGUUUGUGGUGAACAAAUACACAGCCCCCGGGCUCUUCAUGUGUGCGCUCUGGCUCCUGAUGCAGCUGGUGGUGCUCUUCCUAUACUGGGACCUGCCUCCACAGGGGCCCGGGGCCAGGGUGGGCCCGGAGGGAGGGGGGGAGGGAGAGACGGAGGGAGAGACGGAGGGAGGUGAAGACGAAGAGAAACCUCUGAUGAGCCCGAAAGAGACCGGAGGUUCCUAUGGCUCCAUCCACUCCAGCCAAUCAGAGAGCUCACUCGUCUCCAAUGGCAACCUGCCCUACCUCUCUCCACCCGCCUCGCCCCCUCCACAGCCCACAAACUCGAACCCUUUCAGGAACUUCAGCAGCAGCAGAGAGUACCUGAGGGAGGAGGGUUGUGUUGUGCUUCUGGAGGUGGUCAUUCAUCACCACCAUUCAGCCAGACCACAGAGUGGGGAGUCUGUGCUGAGUCACAGUAACACAGGGAGUCUGAGCUGUGGAGGUCACCAUAGCGCCCAUCUCUCUCUGCUGUGCCCCCAGACGAUGGUGACCCCACUGACGCAGAAGUUCUUUAAUUUCGGGGAGCUGGAGAACAGCGUGAUGUACUGCCUGUGCGGCGUGGAGGUCAUCGCCGGCUUCUUCUUCGUGCGCUGGCUGAGCCGCAGGGCGAAGGAGCGCCUCCUGCUGGCCGUGGGGCUCCUCAUCUGCAACAUCGCCUGCGUCUGGUGCCUGGUGUUCCUGGCCAGACCGCAAGGUGGGUUUGCCUGGUUGCUGACGGAGUUCAUCAUCGGGGUGUUCCUGCAGGUUCUGGGGCUCCCCUUCGUCGCUGUUGCCCAGGUGUCCCUGUUCUCUAAGGUAACAGCAGAGAAGACUCAAGGGUUCAGUCAGGGCGUGCGGCGGUCGGUGGGGGGGUUGGCCACCAUCCUGGGGCCCCUGUGGGCCGGAGGACUGACAGACAACCUGUACAUCAUGCUGGGAGUGAUGAUGGGCCUGCUGGCUCUGCUCACUGUCAUGAUGUUUGUCUCCUAUGACCGGCUGGUGGAGCCCCGUGUGGUGGAGCAUGCUGACAGUCAGGAGGAAGAGGAGGAGAGCUAGCAGCCUCGCACAGUCAGGUUUGGGGACGGUGUGUGUCUUCAGACUGCGGGGGUGUGGACAUGUGCGGACGGGAGAGUUUGGGACCGGCUGCGGAGUGGACAGACUCUACAUGCCCAGCCCGACACUACACUGUGAAUCGUCUAUAUUUCCUGUGGAAAGUCUUUAAAAACCCAAAUAUGAUGUGCGAGGUGUUGUCCUGUUUGCACCAGGAAAUCAGUCUUUAUGUUUUGGCUGCACAGAUGCAAAAAAACUACAGGGUUUAGGUCAAAGGUGUGACCACACACCGGCCAAUCCUGCCCCUUCCUACAUUUCAUUUAAAGGGGCGGUACUAGAUUUAUAUUUUUAUUGUGUUUAAGGCAGCAUAACCUAUUUCUUUGCUGUCAAAUUGAGCUGGACCGUAUACACUUUAUUCCAUAUUACACUUCCUUUCAAAUGAAUGCCUGUUACAGAUAGUUUAUUCACCAGUGCUUCAUUGUCACUUGAUAAGCUUCAGUCGAUGGUUAUAAGAGCAGGAAGCCAUUUUCCUCAGUUUUAUUCCGCUGGAUCUGCUGCACUUUCUGCUCUGGCCUCUAGAGGUCCCCACACCCUUGAUUUUGAUUUUACUGUGACUGCCAUUAUAAAUCUGACCUCAAAAAAAUAACCAGAUACACAAAACACCAUUUUUUAAAAUGAAUGUUCAGUUAGCUGUUUAGAAAUGGAGAUUCACAUUUUUUUAUUUAUUUUAAAAUUGUAUUAAAUUAUUAUUAUUUUAAUAAGCUCAUGUAUAGAGUACAUAAACCAUACUAUGUGGAAUCUUUUGGCUUUGAGGGAAUAUUUAAACUUCAAAUUGAUCAACAAAAUAAAAAUGCUUCUGUUCUCUGUG